UGUUUUUCGAUGAAAAUAUGAACAAAGGUGAUUCCCUUCAUUUCUGUAUUAACAUUAGUAAUUCUUAUAUCAAUUAAUAAUUUAGAUUCUUAUACAGUACAUGCACAAAAAUUUGUUAAACAUAACAUGUGGUUCGACUUAUUUUAGGGGUUAUCUAAUAAGGUCAAAAUCAAAUUUACUUCUAUGUGAUAUAAUAAAGAAAUGAAUUCACCAUUAAGAAACAAAAGUAUAGUUUAUUGGUACCCUGACAGAGAAAAACAUAGAUGUGGUUACUGUAAGAACGAAUAUGGCAGCAUUUCACAUGGGAUGUGGUCCGAAACACUAACAGUUGAAGACUACCAAAAUUUAAUAGACAGAGGAUGGCGUAGAUCAGGAAAAUAUUGCUAUAAACCGAUUAUGUACGAAACAUGCUGUCCUCAAUAUACGAUCAAAUGUGAUGCCUUAAAUUUUUCAGUAAGUAAAUCUCAGAAAAAAGUAAUUAAAAAGUUUAACAAGUAUCUCGAAGAUGGUAUUUUAAUUAAAAAUGUUGAACCAGAAACACAAAAUAGUGACAGACCUGAUACCUCUGGGAUAUUUAUUAGAGAUAGACCCAAUAUUAAUUUUAGUAAAAUCAAUAAGAGUCCAAGUGAAGUAGAAACUAAUGUAAGCUGUGAUUUGUCUACAGUUGAACCACACUGUAAUAAAAAUAGUAAAACCGAAAGCACAGCAAAUGAUCCAUCACAAAAUAAAUCCAUGUCACAACAAAAUAAUUUCAAGUGUACAUAUAAAGAAGGAGUUGGGGCAGAUUUAAACAGACCACCGUGUAAAAAAGCGAAAUUGUUGAGACUUGAGAGAAAAAAAGAAAAACUUUUGGAACAUGGAUUAAGCAUGGAGAAAAAGCAACCUGUACAAGCACAAAAAUCUAUUGAGGAUUUUCUGGAAGAUGUUUCACAGAGUUCCAAACACAAAUUAAGGCUAGAAUUAGUUCCGACUAGCGAACCUGAUAUUAAAUGGGAAAGGGUCAAAGAAGUUGAAUAUGAAUUGUAUAGAAAAUAUCAGAUGAUUGUACACAACGAUCCUCCAUCAAAAUUGUCCAUGAAGAGCUUUCAUAGAUUUUUGGUUAGUUCUCCGUUACAGAUUACCCUAGAGAGGAUGUCACAAAACCAUGAAUUUUUUGCCGUAAGUGCAGAGCUUUUUGAAAAAUAUCAAAUGAUCAUUCAUAAUGAGAGUAAAGAGGACUCCGAUCCAGAUCAGUUUUACAGUUUUCUUGUCCAAACACCAUUGGAGCCUGUUGAUUUUCCCAGAGGAGUGGACGGUCCGGGCUACGGUUCCUUUCAUCAGCAGUAUUGGAUAGACGACAAAUUAAUAGCAGUGGGCGUAAUAGAUAUUUUACCGAGAUGUGUCAGUUCCGUUUAUUUCUUUUACGAUCCCGAUUACAGAAACCUUACUUUAGGAACGUACGGAUCACUAAGAGAGGUACAACUUGUGAGAUCUCUACAUGAAAAGAUCCCGGAACUGAGCAGUUACUACAUGGGAUUCUACAUACACUCUUGCCAGAAAAUGAGGUACAAAGGAAAACUAGUCCCGUCAUUUUUGCUCUGUCCUGAAACGUACCAUUGGAUCCCUAUCGAAAAGUGCCUGGAUAGAUUAGAUGCCAGUAAGUAUUCGAGAUUGGAGGAAGAUAUCGAUGGGGUAGAUGAAAAUUUUCCAAAGCCGAGAGAUAUCGAUGAAAUUUUGAUUCUAUACAACUACAAAUUGAUGCACUUUAAGCAGUAUAAGAGGCACCUUAGUGAGGAGCAGAAUGUAUUUACCGAUAUAGGUUUGUUGAUAGGUAAAAAAUGCACGAAGACUCUCAUAUUUUGUGUGAAUUAGAAAGAUUAUUAAAAUUUUAUCGAAAUAGCAGAUAAGCUGUCCCUAUUCAAUUGUAAUGUACGAGGAUUGCCUUUUAUAUUUCAGGAAUAGAAAACAAAAAAAAAGUUAAUCAUCGUAUAUGUUUUUCAAAAUAUUCUCUAUGAAGAUCAAUACACUUUUGCAUGCGCUUGAACCAAUUUUCAAAGCACUUUUUCCAUUCCGAUUGAGGUACCUCCAAAACAUGCAUUUUGAAGCAUCAAGCGUUGAAAAACGUUGACGUCAUAAUUUAUUUUUGAUGUCAUUGGAUGCCAAAUCAGGGCUGAAUGGUGGAUGACUCAACAAUCAACUUUUUUAGUUCUUAAAAAGUCUUGUUUAAAUUGAUGUAUGAGAGUUUGCAUUGUCCUGGUGGAGAAUGAUGCUUCUGGUGGCUGGUUUCCCUUAUUUUUCCGAAGACUUCUGGCAAACAAAUGGUUGUGUACCAUUAUACCAUAUACCACAUUUUGAAGCAUCAAGCAUCGAAAAACGUUGACGUCAUAAUUUAUUUUUGGUGUGCGGGAGUGCGGGUAUAAAAAAAGUCAUUGGGUGCCAAAUCAGGGCUGUAUGGUAGAUGACUCAUCAAUCAACUUUUUCAGUUCUCAAAAAGUCUCUUGUUUGAAUCGAUGUAUUAGGGUUUGCAUUGUCCUUGUGGAGAAUGAUGCGUCUUUGGUGGCUGGUUCAUCAAUCAAGUUUUUCAGUUCUCAAAAAGCCUUGUUUGAAUCGAUGUAUGAGAGUUUGCAUUAUCCUGGUGGAAAAUGGUUCGUCUUUGGUGGCUGGUUUCCCUUAUUUUUCCGAAAACUUCUGGCAAACAAAUGGUUGUGUACCAUUAUACCGUAUACCACCAGUGGUUUUGGUCGAAUUAAGUUCAUCGAUGCACUGCUUUUGAGAUAAUCCACGUUGAAAGUUGUAAAAAAUAAUGUUACAGAAAUGUUCAUAUUUAAUUCCAUUUUUUAGCUGAGAUGAAUUUUUCAAGUCAGUGUAAAGAACACAAAUAACGCCUGUACAUCAAAAUGUUCUGAGUAAGUAUACCGACAAAAUGUUCAACUUUACGAUAGGUGACGUCGGUUGUCGGAAGGCAGCGCCAGGAUCGUCCAUUCCCGAAACAUAAAAGGCAACCCUCGUAAGAAUGAAAAUUAUAUGGUUAUAUUUUUAGAAUUUAUUUUAAAAAAGUUAUAUUAAUGAUUAAUAAAUUAAUUAAUCAAUUAAAAACCCAAACCAUUAUUUUGAAUGUUUUAAUAAAAAUUUUAAUGGAGCAUUAUUUCUGUUUUGAAAACAGCUGGUAUUGUU